AAAAUGCGUGUCAAAAUUUCUCCGUCUCUUUUGGCGCUUCUUUCUCUUGUCGCAUUGUCGACUGGCGUCGUCGCUGUUGAAGACACUCCUGUCAAUGUCCAGCGAGUGGUAUAUGCGGAAAAGAGACAAGCGACAGCGUGAGUUAUUUCCAGCGGAGCGCACUCUAUGCCAGUGAACGUGGAGUGUGAGCUUGUUUGGGUACGCAAAAAGCUGAUAUGAGCUGCAGCUCUACUGAAGCUGCAUUCUCGAGCGCGGCGGAUCAAUUGAUCAGUUUAUAUAUCCCGCCGACAGUGGCUGUUCCAAUCGCUGUAGCCAUUCAGAGCGCGCUUUCCUUGACGACCGGAGAUAUCAACUCAGUCGUUCAUUCCGCAUUGACUGCCGCAACUCCUCCGCCCUUCCUCAGCGCGAUCCCGAGCAAGUACUCUAGCAAUGUCGAAGCACUGGAAUCGGCCAUAAGUGAACUACGUGGGGUCGCAAGCACUGGUAUUUCUGGCGCUCCUAGAAUCAUAACAACUACCAAUUCGGCUGGAAGUACAAUUGUCACCACGUCGACACCGAGUGCACUGUCUUCGCACGCCUCAUCUUUGUCGGAAUCGCUGUCAUCCGUAGCCAGUUCUCUUUCUAGUGGAGCAUCAGCUUCGGCAUCGGCGGUGUCAGGCUCUGCUUCUUCCGCAGCAUCCAGCGCCAAGUCCAGUCAUACGGCAGCAACUUCUUCCUCUGGUUCUGCUUCUGGAACUGGCGCGACAGAUCACCCAGCCAGUGUGAGCAGCACAAAAUCUUCUACAAAUUGGGCAGCUCCCACCAAUUUGGCUGGAGCCGUUGCUGGUGCGCUCGGCUUGGUGGGCAUGGCGAUAGUGUUGUAGAGGAAACAGGAUAUGAUGACAUGCCGUAACAGGGCUUGACGAAUUGAGUUUGCGGGCAUUGAUUAAGCUUAUGAAAACAAUAUCCUCUGUUUACUCGAUGUUGCAGGCCCGUGAACAAUCUUUAAAGCGUUGAAUAGUGCAUCUUACCAAGCUCAAUCACAUUG